GCAAGACAAAGUGGGUUGCCGUAUCGCGAGGAAUUGGCGUCACUGAUCACUACGGAUCAAUAGUUUUUUUUUCCCCUAAAUCGUCGACUCUCGUUUUCUUCUCCGGAGACCAAAUCGGAAUUUCGCUCUCCGUUCGUUCGCUGGGAAUCCAAUGCCGGAAGACCCUACGUCGAUUGACUAUGUCAUGGAGAAGGCAUCGGGGCCUCACUUCUCCGGUCUCCGCCUAGACGGCCUUCUCUCUUCUCCGUCGAAAUCUUCAAACUCUUCUCCUUCUCACUUCCGUUCCGGUGUUUCAUCUUUCUCGGCUAUCGAAGAUCCCGCCGCGCCUAAUCAGCCCUUCGUUAUCGGAGUUACUGGUGGUACCGCUUCUGGUAAGACCACGGUAUGUGACAUGAUCAUCCAGCAACUUCAUGAUCAUCGCAUUGUUCUAGUUAACCAGGAUUCUUUUUACCGUGGUCUGACAUCUGAAGAACUGGACCAUGUGCAAGAAUACAAUUUCGAUCAUCCUGAUGCCUUUGACACUGAGCAGCUUUUGCAUUGCAUUGAGACACUUAAGAGUGGCCAUCCCUAUCAAAUUCCAAUUUACGACUUCAAGACACAUCAACGUAAAUCAGAUGCUUUUCGCCAGGUCAAUGCUUGUGAUGUGAUAAUUUUGGAAGGGAUUCUAGUAUUCCAUGACUCACGAGUUCGGGAUGUAAUGAAUAUGAAGAUCUUCGUUGACACAGAUGCUGAUGUGAGGCUUGCUCGCAGAAUCAGGCGUGACACGGUUGAGAGGGGUAGAGAUGUUGAUUCUGUGCUUGAACAGUAUGCAAAGUUUGUGAAGCCCGCGUUUGAUGAUUUUGUGCUCCCUUCAAAGAAAUAUGCCGAUGUGAUCAUUCCCCGAGGAGGUGACAAUCACGUUGCUGUUGAUUUGAUUGUGCAACAUAUCCACACAAAACUUGGGCAACAUGAUCUCUGCAAAAUCUACCCUAAUGUUUUUGUUAUCCAAUCAACAUUUCAGAUAAGAGGCAUGCAUACACUUAUUCGAGAGAAGGACAUAUCAAAACAUGACUUUGUGUUUUACUCAGAUCGCCUCAUUCGUCUGGUUGUGGAGCAUGGUCUUGGCCAUUUGCCAUUCACUGAGAAACAAGUGGUUACUCCAACAGGAUCUGUGUAUAGCGGCGUUGAUUUCUGCAAGAAACUUUGUGGUGUCUCAAUCAUUCGAAGUGGUGAAAGCAUGGAAAACGCAUUACGCGCUUGUUGUAAAGGGAUAAAAAUAGGGAAGAUUCUCAUUCAUCGUGAUGGCGACAAUGGAAUGCAGCUCAUAUAUGAGAAGCUUCCAAGUGAUAUUUCCGAGCGCCAUGUCCUGCUUCUAGAUCCCGUUUUAGGCACAGGUAACUCUGCAAGUCAGGCGAUAGAACUACUCAUACAGAAAGGAGUUCCUGAAUCCCACAUUAUAUUCCUCAAUCUUAUCUCUGCUCCAGAAGGAAUCCAUUGCGUCUGCAAACGGUUUCCACUGUUGAAGAUUGUGACAUCAGAAAUAGAUCAGUGUCUGAACGAAGAGUUUCGGGUUAUACCAGGCUUGGGUGAAUUUGGUGAUCGCUACUUUGGUACUGACGAGUAAACUAUUUACUAAUCAAGACAACAGUGCUUCUAUUUAUAAAUCCGGCGUAAUGGUUGUUGUGUCUUUGUGUGUGUGGGCAUAAAGUUGCGACCAUGUUAUCAAAACAUGAACCACGGGAAGGGAAUCAUUGUUUGCUUUUUUUUUUUUCCCUUUCGUAAAGCUUCUUGCUUACUUGAAAGUUGGUAAACCAAAGUCAUUUGGAGUUUCUUGGUUUUGUACAUAGUUUGAUUUCGAUCAACAGACCCCAUUACUCCGAUUGAGCACUAUUUGGAAAAAAAUGGUAAUAUA